UAUAUGUGACGUCAUCACAGGCGGUGACUUUUUUGAAAACAUUUUAAAGCCUUGGCGCGGUCUGCCAUUUUCAACCAACAGAGUAAAUCGAGUGUAAAGAAGCAGAGAAAUGGCGGACAGCACUCCAAAUGCAUUUAAAACUCCCAAAAGGAAGAACGUCAAAAGUCCUGUCACAGGGACACCCAUCAUGAUUCCAGCUUCGCCUUUCAUGAAGAAACUCGGAUGUGGAACUGGGGUCAGCGUUUACCUUAUGGAAAGAAUGGGUAAACAAACACACUCUCCGUGGGCAGUCAAAAAAAUCAACAGCAGGUGUGCGAAGACCCAAAUGAAUGUCUAUCAGAAACGGCUUAACGAUGAGGCCAAGAUUCUGAAAGACUUACAGCACCCUAAUAUUGUUGGUUUCCGUGCAUUCACCACGGCGAAGGACGGCUCCAAGUGUCUGGCCAUGGAGUACGGGGGAGAGCAGUCCCUAAACGACCUCAUAGAGAAGAGGAGGGAAGAGGGACUCAAGGCGUUUCCUGCUCCAGUCAUCGAGAAAGUGGCCCUGCAUGUAGCUCGAGGUCUUCAGUACCUUCACAAUGAGAAGAGGCUGCUCCAUGGGGACAUGAAGUCCUGUAACGUGGUCAUCAGGGGGGACUUUGACUCUAUCAAGAUCUGUGACGUGGGCGUGUCACUGCGCUUGGAUGAGAACAUGCAGGUGAGUGACCCAAAGGCCCAUUACAUUGGCACAGAGCCCUGGAAGCCCAAGGAGGCUCUGGAGGACGACAUCAUCACAGACAAGGCUGACGUGUUUGCCUACGGCCUCACGCUUUGGGAGAUGAUGACCCUGUCCAUGCCUCACCUGGAAAUGCUAGACGAUGAAGAUGAGGAGGAGGAUGAUGAUAACGAUGAGGAUGACGAGGAGGACUUUGACGAGGAUGCGUACUACGAGCGGCUGGGCACCCGCCCCCCAUUGGACGCGGCCACUCUGGGCGGAGCCUACCAGCGCAUGGUGGAGCUGUUCUGCCUGUGUACGGAGGAGGACCCCCGCAGACGGCCCUCCGCCGCGGACAUCGUGGCCGUCCUCGAGACCCAGCUCCAGCACGGGAAGGCACAGACACGUGCCCACUCGCCACUCGACAGCGAGGUCAUUGUCAUCGACUAGAUGCCAGAUGUUUUCAAGGGUUUUUUUUUUUUUUGCGUUAGUGUUUACACCCAGUGUAGUCUAACUGCAACGUAUAUGUUUUGGGUAUCCAAGAAUUUUCUUUGUUUGAAUUCCUAUGACCUUCUGUUAGGUUAUUAUAUCAGGUGGUUUGAAUUGUACAGAAUUUUUAUUUACUAUUGUUGAAUUAAGAAUCCCAGCCGAGUGCAGGGUCAACUCAAAACUGACAGUUCAGAAGUUUUACUGUAGAAUUAGGACUGGACCUUCUUCACUUUUAACUGUUGUCUUUGUACUGUCUUUUUUUUCUUGUUUUGUCUGAUCUGUUUUGUCUUAAACAAUGUCAAAUCAUGUUUAUUUAUAAAUGUGAAAUUCUUACAUUUUAGAGAUACUGUAUGCACAUACACUUGAACAAUAAAAUCACUGUGCAGUUUUCA